ACAUCUGACAUACUCUUUCGCUCCCCUUGACAUUGAGCGCGCAAAUAGAUCGCAUAGUCUUUAAACCCAAGACAACUCCUCUUCAAUCUACAAGACCAUAAAACCCACCCUCGCAACACCUCAAAAGAAUAAAAAAAAUGGGCGAACACGAUCCCAUCGUAUCGCACGGCCGAGGAGGCCAAGGCAACAUCGGCGCCGACUCAACCGAAUACGUCGACGCUGCCAUCGUCCGUGAAGGUGUCUACGGCGACCAAGGCGACGGUGCCUACUCCGCCGGUCGCGGCGGAGCAGGCAACAUCGGCUCCCCGCAUGUCCGUCCCACCUCGAAGGUGCCGCACGACGCGGAAAUGAUUCCCGAGCUGGCGAUCCGGCAGUCCGUCGAUGGGGAUUAUCAUACUGGUCGCGGCGGACAAGGCAACGUGCAUCUCGACGAGGAACACCGCAAGGAGAAGGAGAAGAAGCAUCAGCACCGGCAUGAUCAGUAUGAAGGGUUGGCGGAUAAAUUGAAGUAUAAGAUUUUCGGGCGCAAGUAAGCUGAUGCUGUACUGUUGGUGGUAUAUAUAGAUUGGACGGGGUAGAGAGGUGAGGUGAGGUGGGUUGUCUUUUUCUGUCUCGGGCUUGGAUUUUUCUUGGUUGAUUCCCUGGUUUGUUUGGUUGUUUGCGAUUACGAGUCAGAUACUAGAGAAGAGGUACAGUACUAGGUAGUGUUGGUAAUGAUUACUCCAUUUU